AUGGCAGACCCCACAUUUACUCAUGUCCUCAGGGACUCGCGUGCCGCCAUUCGAGCCUACGAAAGCGGCAACGAAAGCGACCUGGCCAUGGGCCCGUUUUUUCCGGCCUCAGAGCGUCUCGAGAUCGCCAAGCCUUCGACAGUCUUUUACAUGGAGGAACUGCGAAUCCUGGCCGGUCGCAAGACCGCGCAAGAGAGCAGCGUCUUUGGAUAUAUCAUGGCUUUUGACUGGAUGGUGUGGAUGUUCCUGAGCGUAGCUUUAGUUAUCGUGUCCGUUGUGACUGCUUUGCUCAAUCACGUGCAAGCCGGCAUGUCCCAUAAGAAAACUGAUUUCGUGAGGAGUAUGGGCGAUGCCACGUGGAUGUACGUGGAGAACCUUUUCCUUGAAGCAACGGCGGAGCCUCCUCAGCGUGGUGGUCAGCGCCUCCUGAGUGCCGUCUGGUGGCUGGCCACACUGGUGCUGAUGAAUGCCUUCUGUGGGCACAUGCGUGCUUGCCUCAUGAUCAAGUCCGAGGUGGAGAAGAUCGAGAGCGCCGAAGACCUCAUACGUCGGCCACAUACAGUGCCCCAUAUGUGGCGGGGAACGUCGUAUGUUGCCACCGUAGCAAACUCGACAAAUCCCGCGCUGCGCAAACUCGGCCGCAUCGUCGAGGACCGGGCCACCGCUGUUCCCGUGCCGGUGCUCUACGGCAGGCCCCUGCUGGAGAAAGUGGCCCAGGGCCGGGCGGCCAUAAUCAGCGACGCCACUUCGCUCACCUUCCAGGUGUCGUCCAAGUGCCAGGAUUUUGUGGGCGCCGAGUAUUACUUGGCGCGCGAGGGGCUGGUGUCCCAUCCGCUCAACAGCUUCGCUCGGAAGGACAUAGAUCCGGAACUGUUCGACAACAUUAACAAAGUCAUUCGGCGACUUCUGGAAGCUGGUCUGGUCAACUACUGGUGGGGCCUUGCCAUGGGCGAAAUUGGCCGCUGCGGAGGAAGCUCUUCGUCUUCGGGUGCCGAGCAGGUGUCGACGCUGAGUUUCGACGACUUGAUGGGCGUGUUUGUGCUGUGGCUCGCAUGCGUCGCUGCCUCCUCCCUCGUAUUCCUAGCCGAGACCAGCGUACCGGGCACGAUGAACCGCACAGCACCGAAGCUUGCCGCCACCGGGUGGCGCCGGCGACAAAUUAGGCUGCUUCCGCGAUCCCGCAAGGUCUUAUAA